CAACAAAUGAGUCACCUCCCCUCUCCCUCUCGGCAGCAGCUUGUCAUGAGUGCUUCCACUUCUGUUUUCUUUACAGUAAGGACUUCUUCUUAAGGCGCAAUGGAGUGUGUUGGGCUGAUGCUGUUCCUGCUGCUGGCACAAGCUGCUGUUGCUGAUACAAUUGAGUGCCGUGCACCUAAAGGCCAGGAUGGUAAACCUGGCAAUCCAGGCCCACGUGGCAGAGAUGGCAGACGUGGAGAUGACGGUGACACAGGCGAUCCAGGAAUGGCCAGUCACAUUCUUGGUGAACCAAGAAAGAUGGGGCCACCAGGAGACCCAGGAUUGCCAGGAGCUCAUGGCCCCAGAGGAUAUGCUGGUCGAAUGGGACCAAAGGGUGAACCAGGGCCACCUGGGCCAAAAGGGCAGAAAGGACAAUCGGGGAGGGGUAGUGGUCUAGUGGGUGUAGACAGACCGGCUUUCUCUGUCAUGAGAACCAUUGCUGGUCACCCCCAUCCGAAUCACCGUGUGAUUUUCAACAGAAAUAUCACUAAUGAGGGAGGUUGUUUCCAAACUGAUUCUGGGACAUUCCUUACUUGUAAAGCAGGCUGGUAUUUCUUCACAUACAAUGUAGUUACUGAAGGGAAGCUUUGCAUAAACAUUAUGAAAAAUAACAAAAAGGAAGCUGGAUUCUGUGACCUCGCUGCAGAAAGCAAUACUGGGGCCAGAUAUCAGAUGAAUUCUGGUGGGACUGUGCUGCGGCUGAAUAUAAAUGAUCAAGUGUGGCUCCAAACAGUACCAGAUUUCAACAACAUUUUUGGAUCAAGUGAUAUCAACAGUGUUUUUUCUGGCUUCCUUCUCUUUCCAGAUGAAUAAAUGACCGCAGGUUCGGAAGACAUGAACCUUUCAUUUAGAUAAUCUGCUCACAUAUUUAACUGCUUCAAAUCACCAGAUACAAAAUGAGCCAUCAAGUCUAGACUUUUUCUCUUAAUAUUAUUAGGUUAUUUUGACAGGGAAAAAGUGAAGCACUAAUUAACUGAAGCCAAUUAUUUUUAUCGAGUCAGACAUGGGCAUGUCUCAAAAAAUGAAUCACAAAAAUAGAUUUGCAUUUCAGUGAGGGGUUCAAGUCCUGCUGAACAGCCCUAAGCCCAUCAAACCCAAUGAAGGAAUACAGAAGUUAAAUCAAUCUUUCAUUUGUUCCCACAGAAAGGAGGAGCAUGCUUCCAAGAAUUAGGAUUUAUCUACUCUACAUGCUUCAUUUCAGAUGAAUGAAACUGGUCAUUUGCUCACCUACUUCUGUGAAUCAUCCAGUGCUCAAAGUCACUUAUUUUAUGCAAGUGACAAGAGGAAGCACAUUGGAAUAUCUUGCGGACAAGCAGAGUAUAAUAUGAACAUCUCUGUGUGCAGUUGAACAGGCUCAGUGCUUUCUAUUCAAAAGUUUUGGCAAAAUGUAUAACCACUUCUAGAUUAUUUUGGAUAAGAAUAUUUCAAAACUGCAUUGCCCCUCCAAAGAUUUCAAAGCUACAUUUAAUGUCAGAGAAAUGUAUACAAUAUACAUCCUGAAAUGCUAUUUUUUCGCAACCACCCACAAAAACAGAGGAGUGCCCCAAAGAAUGAAUGACAGUUAAAUGUUAGAACCCCAAAGUAACCCCAGCUCCCCUUCCUCCCACGCAUAAGGGGCAGCAAGCAACAAUCCCCGCCCCCGGCAAAAAAAGCAUCAGCACCCACCACCAAGCACUCAAGCGUGAACAAACCAACAGCAAAGACAGACUUGCAGUUAGCCUAAAGGCUACACUGUUCACUGGCAUUCGACAUACCACAGGCUCUCUCUUUCCCUAAUAAGGGAGAAAGAGGUGUCUACUUAGAUUUUCUCAAUUAUAUUCAAAAUUUUCAACACCCAAAUACCUUCAUGUAAACAAAGGAGAUAGUACACUCUUACACUUCCCUCCAGUUAUAGAAGUACUCUCCUCAACCCACCACCCCAACUCUUCCAGCUCUCAUAGAGCACAGAAGCAGGCCUUUUGGCCCAUCAUGUUCAUGCUAACACGGACUAUUCUUCUGCACUAAACCAUUUACCUGAAUAUGGUUCAUACCCUCUCACCCUCCUCUGCUCCAAGGAAAACAAACCUAGCCUCUCCCAUCUCUUCCUAGAAAUGAAGUGCUUCAUCCUGACAAACGUCCUAGUGAAUCACUUUUCACCCUCUCCUUAGAGUGUACAAACAGUAUUCCUCUGUGGCCUAACAAUUGUUUUAUAAAGUUGUACUAUUCAGUGUAUAUGUCUCACCUUUAUUAGUCCUGACUCUUAAUUUACAGCUAUAAAUGACCCAAUCACAGCUUCUAGAGCAUGGCUGGGGUUAAUAUUUUGCUUUUGAAAUAAAAAUCGAUGAGGAUGAAAAUGAAAUGGCUUUAUUCAGACUCAAUACACCACAUGUAAUUAAAAGCAAGCAGCACCUUUGAAUACAUUCUAUUGUCUGGAAAUGUAAAUGGCAAGGGUUCAAAAUGUUUCACUGGUCGAUAUACUCCCCCAAAUUCCAAAGUUCUAUAUUGAAUUUUCAAAUCAACUUGUAAGUUGUAAGUUUCUGCAGUUAAUCCAUCCUUUUUAUGCACGAUAAUAGGUAGUGCAUGUUCAAAUAAAUACCAGAUUCUUACAAGGAACUUCAGUUGGAAAAUUUUAUUAAUCUGUUGGCUCAAAAUUUCAAUUGCCACCUGCAGUGUUGGCAUUCUGAGAAUCCUGGCUAUGAAUUGAUGACACCGAGGAAAGAGGACCGGGUCGAGACAACAGAGAUUUAUGGAGAAGAGGAGUUCAGUGGGUAAUACCGUUCCGGCUGACCGGAAGUGCACUGAGAGCGGUAAGCGUAAAGGAGUUGGGUGCUUACUGUUCUGGCCAACAACGGAUGGUGCAAUCCGGGGUAUAUUACGAUCAAGGAACGUGUUUGUAGACUGGAUAUUGAACUUUUUACUGUUGGACUUCGGCCACAUUCCACCGUGAUACAACACUUGGCGGCAUGGGAAGUCGUUCCUGCCUGUGGCCAUCGAAUGUGCAGCUCCUCCCGUGGAGGGUCAGACACCUUGAGCCAAUAGACUGGUCCUGGACUUAUUUUCCAUCUGGCAUAGGUGUUUGAUUGUUGGGGUUUUUUGUAUUGCUAUAUUUACGCUUUAUUCUUGGUUGGUGCAGCUGUAACGAAACCAAAUGUCCCUUGGGAUUAAUAAAGUAUAUCUAUCUA